AUGACAGUGGGCGCCUUUUCUGAAUGGCGCAAGCUGCCUGUGAGCUUGAGUGAGUUGUGUAUCAACACCACCCUACGCUGUGGACAAUCCUUCCGAUGGCACAAUGUUUCUGACAGCGAUGAAUGGCGCUGCGUUCUCCAUGGCCGACUCGUCUCACUGAAGCAAGACCCGACCUACCUCUACUACCGAACCUAUCUCCCCUUCCAACCUCCAAAGACCAUCUCCCCGCUACAACCUCCGUCACCUCGUCAACAAACUACUAACGGACGCAACUCCCUUCACCACUUACGAAACAUCAGCGAUGACACCUCCGCCGCUACCGCCGCCAUAGACACAGACCCCAUCCUCCCCCUCCUAACCGCCUACUUCAACCUCCCCGCCAACCUCACCAACCUGUACGAAGGGUGGUCUAAGCACGACGCAAAUUUCCGCAAGAAGGCGCCGCAGUUUACGGGGAUCCGCAUAUUACGACAAGACGCGUGGGAGGCACUCAUCGGCUUCAUCUGCAGCAGCAACAACAACAUAUCGCGCAUCACGCAGAUGGUCGAGAAGAUCUGCCUGCGGUACGGGCCCUUCGUGGCGAGUGUCGACGGCCGCGCGUACCACGAUUUUCCCUCACCGGAGGCGUUGGUCGCCGAGACUGAUGACGAGGAUGUCGAGGCUACCCUGCGCGGGCUCGGAUUCGGGUACCGCGCUAAGUAUAUCUGUCAGACCGCGCGGAUUGUCGCGCUGGAGCGGGAGAAGGGCUGGUUGGAGGGGUUGCGGAACCCAGAGUCGGUGGCGUUAGGGAGCGUUGCGGUGGGCGAGGGCUCUCCUGUUAAUAAUAGUGAUAGUGGCGAAGAGUGGAAGGAGGAAGGCAGGGAGGGGUAUCGUCUUGCUCAUGCCAAGUUGUUGGAGUUGCAAGGAGUUGGGCCUAAGGUUGCCGACUGUGUUUGUUUGAUGGGUCUAGGGUGGGGAGAGGCCGUCCCGGUCGAUACUCAUGUAUGGCAGAUUGCACAAAGGGAUUACAAGUUCGGAAAGGGGUCAAACAAGUCUCUCAACAAGGUGCUGUAUGAUGCCGUGGGCAAUCAUUUCCGCAAGCUUUGGGGAAAGGAGGCUGGCUGGGCUCAGAGUGUGCUGUUCACGGCAAAUCUGAGAUCUUUCUCAGAUCGUCUGGCGGCGACUUCUUCCAACGUGGGUGUCAAGGUGGAAGUCAAGGAAGAGGAAGAUGAGGGUGUUGAGGUCAAGACGGAGGUGACGACGGCCACGACCAUCCCUGUGAAGAGGGCAGGAAGUGAAAAUGGUGUCGAGAUCAAGGCCGAGGAUGAGAAAGACACCCAUGCUGUUCUGCAGGCCUCGCAGACGACGACAACGAGACGAAUGUCGAAACGGCUCCGGAAACGGUGAGGCUAUGUGAAUAUACCUUGUACCAUAUUUCUUGCAUAUAUUUGCAUCUCUGCUUAGGUUUGUUCGGAGAGCAUUAUGGGUAUGAAAGACUGCUUAGAGGAUUGUAUAGAGGAAGCUCAGUCAAUAGAUCAAAAAUAUAAUGGUUGUCC